AUGUCCGUCCGUUUCCUCACCGCGCAACUGGCCCAACAGAUUGAUGAGGAGCUUAUGAACGCGGUUGGAGCGUUCAGUUUGGAUCAGUUGAUGGAGCUGGCUGGGUUAGCCUGCGCCCAAACACUAUCUACGGUGUACAGCAAGGAAAAGUAUCCGAAAGUCUUGGUAUGCUGUGGAUCAGGAAACCAAGGAGGAGAUGGAUUAGUUGCGGCUAGACAUCUUGGAAUGUUUGGUUACGAGCCAACGAUAUACAUGCCCAAGCCAGGCUCCAAAGACAUCUAUCAGGUCGCGCCUGCAAAACAAUGCAUCAAUAUGGGCAUCUCCAUCAUUCCACCCCCAGCAUCUGCUGAGGAGCUGCCUCGCGUCCUCCAGUCCUCGAACGUUAUCCUGGAUGCCAUCUUCGGGUUUUCGUUCAAACCGCCAGUACGGGCAACCCUUAUAUCUGCAUCCGGGCUCCCGAUUGUCUCGGUAGAUAUUCCAAGUGGAUGGGAUGUCGAACUCGGAAAUGCAGAAGGCGUCGGGCUGAAUCCUGACGUCCUGCUCAGUUUGACAGCGCCAAAGAUAGGAGCAAAAUACUUCAAGGGAAGGCAUUUCCUCGGAGGGCGUUUCGUGCCAAAGGCAAUGCAGGAGAAGUUCCAGCUCAAUCUUCCCGAGUAUCCUGGAUUCGAUCAAAUUGCGGAACUACCGAGGAACUAUAGGAUGUAGCUUUUAUCUAUGGUACUUAUGACAUGGGUAGGAGUGACAAGACGGUUGCACCGUCAAAUGUGAAUGCAAUCAGACAGACGAACCUCGUAACUCCGAUGAAGGUCCUCUUUCCAGCCUCCCACGCCUACCACAUGUAAUGGUUUUUCGUCGAGAACUGCAAACUUUCAUGGGCGCCUGUCCAGCAAUGAUAGCAGAUACCAUAGGAUGAGGUCGAAUCAAUGACGCUCAUAUGUGAGUGCAUGCCAACAGAUAAGUUUUGAAUCAUUCUCUUGAAAGCAAUGAUUGGGCCGAAGUCAUUUGCUGGGAUAUCGUUUAUAAGUUUCAUAUUCCUCGAUAGCAUUGUAGUGGCGCUGACGCCAGCCCCCGACUUGCUUAUUCCUAGCAUGUUCUGCAUUCACCGAAGCAUGCAUAACGGGGGGAAAAGCGAGAAUCAUUGACAAACCUCUAACAAAGGUG